AUAUAUUGAUACCAAUACAAUAAGAUAAUGUAGGUACCUAUUAAAUUGCACUGAACCCAAAGCAAUUAAGCUGAAAAGUAUUGUGUCAAUUGUUAUUCCUUAAAAUGAUUUAUUUUUUUAGUGUAUUUUUUUCUGUAUUACUUGCACAAAGCUUAGCAUUUUCAACUUCAAGACUAGUUGGUGGAAACGAAGCAGCUAAGCCUCAUGGAAGAUAUCAAGCAUCAUUGCAAAAUUUGUCAAACUAUCACGUUUGUGGUGGUGCAGUUAUUACCGAGCAGCAUGUGCUAACAGUAGCUCAUUGUGUUCAUAAUGCAUCUCCAGAAUAUGUUUACCUCAUUGUUGGUACAAAUAAUCUUCAGCAAGGACCACGGACAGCAUACAAUGUAUCUUCAAUAAUAGAACACGAAUACUAUAAUGCGACAUCACGUCUAAAUGACAUCGCCAUUGUCAAGUCCAGCGGAUCGUUUGAUUUAAAAUUUACUGAUAUACUUCCUCUUUACCCCCUUGAGCUACAAGAAGGUGACCCGUUGAUGUUGACAGGAUUUGGAGCAUUUGAGCCUCAUGGUGACUCAAGCUCGAUAUUAUACAUGUUAAACAUGCAAGUUUUUAGUCAAUCAACCUGUAAAUACGCUAUGAGGUACACUAAAGAAGUAGCAGAUACUAUGUUCUGCACGUUUCAGGAAAAAGGCAGCGGCACUUGUCAUGGUGACUCUGGAGGGCCGAUUCUAAAGGACAAUCAACUAGCUGGACUCAUAUCGUGGGGUAUCCCAUGUGCAGUAGGAUUUCCGGAUGUUCACACCAGGAUAAACCACUACAUUCCAUGGAUCCACGAUAAGAUCAUUCCAGCUAAAUAGGGAAACUACCCACCUACAUACACCUAUGAAUUCAAGCGGAAGAAUAUGUAUGUAAAAUAUUUAUUAUUAAUUAAACACCAUGUAUAACACCCUUGAUAACAAUGAUAACUACUUUACCAUAGGUAAAGUAAGUAACUAUGUGUAUAAACUAACUGUUAGCUAGAAAUUUAUUUUAAAAUAAACCGACUACAAAAUA